AUGUAUUGGACAACCGACGACUUGUUGCCGAAUAUCAUUCGAAGGCUUCGUGACAGAACGAGGCCGUUCGUAUCUGUAGUUGCUCCCGAUGGCCGUCUCGAGCACAUCUCAGUCCAAGACGUGCAUAAUGCCUCCAAUCGAGCUGCCUGGUUCCUCCGUCGCAGUCUGGCAAGGGACGACGAGAAAUUUCUCUACAUGGGACCAAACGAUAUUCGAUAUCUGAUUUGGAUUCUGGGAGCUAUGAAAGCGGGCAAGUGCGUUGUCUACCCAUCUCCUAGCAACACUGUCGCAUCAAAUGUUCGGCUUUUCUCAACCGUGGGUGCAGCAAAGUUGCUCUAUGCGCCUGAGAUCUCCACACUCAUCCAGCCCUUGUUGGGGUCACUAGGCGAGACGACGACAUCAAUAUCCACGCCGUCCUACUUGGAGAUGCUGAACCAGGAGACGGUCGAUGAAUUCCCAUUUGCGUUUACGUUUAAUGUACUAAAAGACAAGCCCUGCAUGGGUCUCCAUACUUCUGGCACAUCAGGACACCCAAAGCCGAUUUACUGGAAUCAUGCAGCAAUGUGUAGCGUGAUCAUUCCUUUCGACUUUAGUACGCUACCUAAUCCUCCCGAAAGGCCGCACUUAUUGUUCGAAACAUUACAAGGAAACAAUGUAUUCCUACCAUUCCCGUUGUACCACUUUGGUGGAAUAGGAAUGAUACUUCGUUCAUUCCUCACUGACUCUACGAUUAUCCUUCCUGCCGUUGGCACGCGCCUCUCACCAGAAAACUUUGCUAAAAUGCUGGAAAUAUCUUCAUCUACUAGCGCGUUAACACCGCCAUCGGUACUAGAAGCCAUGCUGAACAAUCCCAGUGAAUUGGAAGUAAUUUCAAGACUAAAGCACGUUGCUUAUUCUGGCGGGCCGCUCAAUCCGAUCCUCGGUGGAAAACUUGCCAACAUAAUUCCGCAUCUGUUUCCCUUGUAUGGAUGUACUGAGGGAGCUGGCCCUUAUCUCGAGUCCACUGGUGACAAUACGCACUGGGAUGGUAUGAAAUUUAUAGAUUUGGGACAGCGCAUGGAAGAAGUCAUCCCAGGAUUAUACGAGCUAGUGAUCACUCGUACUGAACUCAUCAACCGGACUCAAGCCUACUUUUACACAUGCCCAGAUCGCCAGGAGUUUCGCACGGCUGAUCUGUUCGCGCCCAUUGAAGGCUCCGAUGGCUGGUGGAAAUUUCACGGAAGAACAGACAAUUGGGUUGUCAUGUCAAACGGGCUCAAAAUGGACCCGACCGAAACAGAAAACGCUAUUUGUAGUCACCCAAAAGUUAUGGGUGCCUUGGUCACUGGAUCUCAUCGUUUUCGACUAUGCCUUCUGAUCGAACUAAAACCUGAAGCUGCGGUGGAAAGCGAAGAAGAGCGAAGCAAACUUCUAGAUGAGCUGUGGCCGACGAUUGACGAAGCGAAUAAGGCUGCACCGAGGUUCGGGCAAAUUCCGAAAGAGCUGGUCAUUUUCACUUCACCAAGCAAACCAUUCUCGAGAGCAAGCAAAGGGACCAUUCAACGAAGACUCAGCAUAGCUGACUACGAUAAAGAGAUCGAAGAGCUAUAUGCAAAGGCAGAAGAGGGGCUGUUGACCAAUGGGUUACCGCCACUCAAGUCCUUAAGCGUCAACGAUUUACUCCCAUUUCUAAGAGAUCUUUAUUCCGACACCUUAGACAAACAGGAUAUUGAAGUUGAUGACGAUAUUUUUGCAAAAGGGAUGGACUCUCUUCUGAUAUUUGUUCUCGCGGCCCGCAUCAAAGCAGGUCUUCGCAGACACGGCAUCUCGGAGCAGGUCAUGGGAAGGAUUGACAACGCCUUGCUAUUCAAUUCCACAACAAUAUCCAAGUUGGCACAAAAAAUCUCGAACGUCUUAUCAGAAACCCCCAAUGGAUCUAAAGUGAGGAAGGGGGCUAACGCGGACGAUGUGCGGGAGUUACUGGCCAAGUACGAGGCAAAAAUCCCAAAGAUCUUGAAUAAACGACGAAAGGGCCAAACAAUUGUUCUCACUGGAUCACGAGGAUCGCUGGGGUCCUACAUACUAGCAGCAUUCCUAGCAAGAGACGACGUCAAGAAGGUGUACUGUCUUAGCCGCAGCUCAAACGCUCAGGCUGACCAGAUAUCAUCUUUGAAGGCCAAGGGGCUUCCGGAGUUACAGCUAGACCGAGUAGCGUUCCUACAGACCGAUCUAGCGGCGACGAAAUUAGGACUGCCGGAAGAAGACUAUGCUAAUCUAACGACAGAGGCCACCACAAUUAUUCACAACGCGUAUCCCGUCCACUUCCUUAUGCCCCUCCAAUCAUUCGAACCACAGGUUGAGGGCCUUGUAAACCUUCUCAAGCUAGCGCAAGACAGUGUCAGAGAUCCGGCCGUGCUUUUCAUAUCUAGCAUCGCAGCAGCGAUACCUGUUUCGGGACCACACAACGUUGUCAAGGAAUCUGUCCUGGAUAUCGAGGAAGCGGGCUCGCUCGCGCAACAGGGCUACGGACGAUCUAAGUUCGUCUGCGAGAAAUUACUCGAGAAGUACGUCUUUUCCAGCGGUGGCAAGGGCGCGAUCCUCCGAGUCGGCCAAAUCGCUGGGCCGCUUCAAGGGACGGGGGUUUGGAAUAUCUUGGAAUGGGCACCGUCCAUGAUCCUUAGUUCCAAGUUCCUUGGUGUUGCCCCUGAGUCUAUCGGUGUGGCGGCCAUCGACUGGAUACCGGUCGAUGUUCUGGGGCAGAUCGUCAGCGAGCUCGCAGACGACGUCGCGCGGCGCGGUUCCGGGGCUGCUGUUGUAUACAACGUCAUGAAUCCGAAGGCGACAUCGUGGGAUGAACUUCUCUCGGCUGUGAAGGAGGUCGUUCCUAACACGGUGCCUCCAGAUGAAUGGGUCAAGAAGUUGGAACAGAGUCGGGACGCGGGUGCUCAUAAUUUAGCUCGCAACCCCAGUGUGAAGCUUGUUGACUUCUAUAAACAUUUGUUCCAGGGUAGUGGUAAAAACGACGUUACCAUCGAGAAGCAAAACUUGUUGUGGGGAAGUAAGACAGCGAGAAACCUGUCGCCUAUUAAGCCGGAGAACUUGUCGAAAUGGAUGAAAGGUUGGGGACUAUAG